UUGGGGUUUUUGACAUUAAUCUACAUUCCUUAAAUUCUCACUACACCGACUAACACUGCGUGGGAUUUUGUUGAAGAAAUUUGGUUAAUUAGGAGAGGUGAGCGAGUUAUGUCAGGAAAGUUCACUUUUGGGAGCGAGCCAGUGAUUGGGUUGCUGACCCCAUCAAAGAAACGAGACUACAGAGUCACCAACAGACUCCAAGAAGGCAAGCGCCCCUUAUACGCUGUCGUUUUCAACUUCAUCGACUCUCGCUACUUCAACGUCUUCGCCACUGUUGGAGGCAAUCGGGUGACUGUAUACCAAUGCCUUGAAGGGGGAGUCAUUGCUGUCUUGCAGUCUUAUGUUGAUGAAGAUAAGGAUGAGUCUUUCUACACUGUGACCUGGGCAUGCCAUGUUGAUGGAACGCCUUUUGUAGUGGCAGGAGGACUCAAUGGCAUACUCCGUGUCAUUGAUGCUGGCAGCGAGAAAAUACACAAGAGUUUUGUUGGCCAUGGGGAUUCUAUAAAUGAAAUCAGGACUCAGCCACUGAAACCAUCACUGGUGGUAUCCGCAAGCAAAGAUGAAUCAGUUCGUCUAUGGAAUGUUCAUACUGGAAUAUGCAUUUUGAUAUUUGCUGGAGCUGGGGGUCAUCGUAAUGAAGUCUUGAGUGUGGACUUCCAUCCUUCGGACAUGUAUCGCAUUGCAAGUUGUGGCAUGGACAAUACAGUAAAGAUAUGGUCAAUGAAAGAAUUCUGGACAUACGUAGAGAAAUCGUUCACAUGGACAGAUCUCCCUUCUAAGUUCCCCACAAAAUAUGUUCAGUUUCCUGUGUUCAUAGCUUCAAUUCAUUCAAACUACGUUGACUGUAAUAGGUGGCUUGGCGAUUUUAUUCUUUCGAAGAGCGUUGACAAUGAAAUUGUUUUAUGGGAACCUAAAUUGAAGGACCAGUCUCCUGGGGAGGGUUCAGUUGACAUCCUUCAGAAAUACCCUGUUCCAGACUGCGAUAUUUGGUUCAUCAAGUUUUCCUGUGAUUUUCAUUAUAAUGCAGCUGCAAUAGGGAAUAGAGAAGGAAAGAUUUUUGUUUGGGAAUUGCAAUCCAGCCCCCCUGUUCUUAUUGCAAGGCUGACACAUGCUCAAUCAAAAUCUCCAAUUAGACAAACUGCCAUGUCAUUCGAAGGAAGCACAAUUCUCAGCUGCUGUGAGGACGGGACUAUUUGGCGCUGGGAUGCUGUGGCAAUGUCUUGAGCCUAUCUAGGUGGGUUUAUUGGCUCGGUUACAAGAUGCAUCUUUUGGCUGCCCAGUUUGGGUUGGGUAUGGUUUAUUAUUGUAGCACAUUUUAUGGGGGUUCAGAGGAACCAAAAUUAACUUGAAUAGAGUAACUCAGACUAGAAACUAGUAACCUUUGUUUCAGCUGAGUUGUCAAACCACCCCCCACCCACCCCACACCACACCCCCCCCCCCCCCCCCCUCCUCCGGUGUGAAACACAGUCACUGCCAUCAGUAAUGGAAGGGGCAAUGUAGGAUAUACUUGGGAGUUUUUUUUUUUUUUUUUUUGAUCGGUAAUUAGAGUUUUAAAAAGAAAAGCUUGCUCAUUUAGUGCUGUUGCUCCUGUGUAAUACCUUGUUUUGAUUAUUGGAUACUCGGAGCCAAAAAGAAAAAAAAAAUUAAAAAAGAAUUGCCAUAUUGCUGGUGGUCGUAAGUGAAAAUAUUGGCUGGCUCAUUAGACA